GGACCGCGCGCCGUUGAAUCGACUCGUCAUUGCCCUGACCUUCUCCUCUCGUUGCGAAAAAAGAAUAAGAAAAGGGCAGAGAUCAUGGUUGCACCUAUCAUUCUGCUGAAUGGGUGGCCCGGCGUGGGCAAGGACACCGUAGCCGAAACUCUCAAGAUACUCAUCGGCGACGACAAGGCGAGCCUGGUCGACUGGGCCAAGUCAGAGAGUGAGAACUUUCUGCCGACUUUUGAAGACGACGUGGUCGCACAAAAGCAACGACGUGAUGCAUGCUUCGCGGAGCAAGUCGAGCACCCCACCACCCUGAAGAAGGUCGCCAUCUGUACCGACUGCCUGCCGGACACUCCAGAGGGCAGGGCCAUAGCUCAAGACUUCGAAACUGUCGCCAAUAGAAGCAAGCGCAUUUUGAUUCCCAUCUACCUGGAAUGUCGCCUGGAUGAGAACAUGCGCAGAAUUUCCAACUCGGAAAGAAGGGUCAGCCUCAAGGACAAGAUCCGCAGCCCUAACGAGGCGCGCACGGUUAGGUCCGAGGGAGGCAAGCUCUUCAUGUACGAGCAAUAUGAGGGCCUGACAAUCAACACCACGACUAUCCUACCUCACGAAGCCGCGCUGCAGAUCCUGUCCUUCAUGAGGGACUCGAUCCUGCGUCGAGAUGAGGCGCUGGUCAACGAAGAAACAACACCAAUGGAGGCAAAGGAGCCCUUGUGGUUAUGACCUCUGAGAAUGGAACUGUCCGACCGUAUUCAGUCUACUUCCUUCAGGACGAUACCGAAAACUGCGUUGAAUAUAUGGAUUAGGGACGAGCGGCGUUACAUGGCAGGCCGAGGACGCUUGGGAGGGCAGCCUUACAGAAAUAUGGACUUGAUACCCAUUUAUCAUUUGGUUUCGUAAAGGUAGUUGGGGCUCAUUGAUGCCUGAUAUCUUUCGAGAAGAAUUUAUGCGUGUUUCCAGUGCC